AUGAGGGGGUUUUACUGUAGACGAAACAACCAGCUUCAUGUUAAAGGCGGUUUUAAGUCGACUCUUCCCUGCAGCUUGCAAUCACGACCUCUCCUCCACCCACACACCCUUCGGCACUUUCCUCCCCACCCACCUCCCCUCCCUUACUCCCUUUGUUCCCCGAUCCUCCCCUCCCUCCUUCACCCCCCUCCCCGCUCUCUUCCCCACCUUCCCACCUCUUCAUUCCUCUUCACCCCUCCCCACCCCUCCCCACCCCUCCUCACCCCUCCCAGCCACGAUGGGCUGCUGCAGUGCCCUGCCAACAGUAGCACGGGCGACCUCUUCCUCCCAGCCUUAGAGGCAGGCGCCGUUGCUGCAGGAACCGUGCCUUUACCCCUCUUCACAACCGUUCACCCCUCUGCACCCCUCCGCAACCCCCUCAGGCACGAUGGGAUUCUGCAGUGCCCUGCCGACAACAGCACGGGCGACCUCUUCCUGCCAGCCCUAGAGGCAGGCACUGUUGCUGCCGGCACCGUGCCUUGGCACACUACCAGGGGGAAGUUUCUGCUGCUGCACUGCGUCAGAGGGCAGGUGGGUACUGGGGAAGGUUGGUGCCAGCCAGGGCAGCUGCAGGUGUUGAAAGGGAGGCACCGUGCCUUGAGGGCAGGUGGGUACUGGGAAAGGUGGGUGCUGGGGACGGUGGGUGCUGGGGAAGGUGGGUACUGGUUGGUACUGGGGAAGGUGGGUGGGUGCUGCUUCCCCAACCUGCUCUCUCUCCCGCCCCUCUCCCUCCCCUCUGCCCCCUCCUCCUUCCUCUCCUCCUUCCAAUCUUUAACCCCCGCAACCCCCCACCCUCUCUGCUCCACCCUACCCUUCCAACAGAUCAGCUACCGAGUGCUCCGCAUAAAGAAUCACCUCCUGCUAGCCGCCCUCUUCUCUCGCACGCUCAUAGUGCCCUCCCCUCUCCCUCCUCCCCUCCUCCUCCCCCCCUCCCCCACCCCGAUAACAGAUCAGCAACCGGGUGCUGUGCAUAAAGAAAGGGCCGCACGCUCAUCGUGCCCUUUCACCACCCAGAGCAACCGGGUGCUGUGCAUAAAGAAUCAUCUCCUCCUGGCCGGCCUGCUCUCCCGCACGCUCAUCGUGCCCUUCCACCACUCAGAGGUGAUCAGCAACCGGGUGCUCUGCAUAAAAAACCAUCUCCUUGUAGCCGGUCUUCUCUCUCGCACGCUCAUAGUGCCCUUCCACCACUCAGAGGUGAUCAGCAACCGGGUGCUCUGCAUAAAAAACCAUCUCCUUCUAGCCGGUCUUCUCUCUCGCACGCUCAUAGUGCCCUUCCACCACUCAGAGGUGAUCAGCAACCGAGUUCUCUGCAUAAAAAACCACCUCCUGCUAGCCGGCCUCCUCUCUCGCACGCUCAUAGUGCCCUUCCACCACUCAGAGGUGGUGCGCAACUACAACAUGCACGUCGCUCUCGACGUGGAGCACCUGCGCCGCUGCUUCGGGAAGGUGGUCUUCACCACUGCAGAGUACCGGAGGAAAUACGUGAAGCCGAUCAACGUCACGGAGGUGGUGUGCUGGCACGGCCCCAAGGGAGCGUGCAGGGAGGAGGAUAAGGAGCUGCUGUUGAAUUGCCCGGCGCCCGAGACCAUGAACACGCCGGCUUCCGUGCUCGUUGGGGGCGACGGAGAGGCACUCAGAAAGAUCGGCAAGCCGGGGUUUGUGUUCAACACGCGGGUGCGCAUCACCCGUACGCUCUUCAGAGGCCAGCUCACCCGGUUGACAGGCAACCACACGGCCCUGGCUGCAUGCCUGCCCAUGGCUGCAACGAAGUCACAGGUCCUAGAGGCGUAUGGAAACAACCAGUCUCCAGUGCUGGUGGUGGGAGACCUCGUCAACAUUCACUUCACCGAGUGGCCUGAGAGCGACGCUGCUCUUGACCUCCCGUUCGAGCGCUCUAGCGACUGCCCCACAGCUCUCCUCAUCAAGCCGGCAGCGGCCAUGUUCUUUGCGGCGGAGCUGUUUGUGCGCGAGACGUUUCAGCGCGAGCGCUUUGUCGGCAUGCACUGGCGGCGGGGGGACUUCAAGGCCUACUGCUUUUGGCACGGACCCAAGAACGCAUGUUACUUCCCCGUGCAGCAGGUGGCGUAUUGGGUGUAUCGCAAGAUGAGGGAGCUGGGAAUCAACAACCUCUUCCUCGCCACCAAUGCCAAGCAUGCCGAGUUAGAGGAGCUUACAGUGUUGCUGAACUAG